AUGGAUAGAAACUCCCCGACUGAAGAGAAGGCCAACGGCUCGAAAAGUCCGACGAGAAAUGGCGAUAUCAAGAGGCCCCACUAUGACAGGACCGAUACGGCUGCGAGUGGGUGGGCAACGGACAACGAGGACGAGAAGCCCAAAGAGCCGCAGCAGUCCGACUACGACAAAAAGAAGCAGACCUUCAUCACCCGCGCGGUAUGGACCUUCGUCAUGAUCGCCAUCUUCUUCGGCAGCAUGUUCGCCGGCCACAUCUAUGUCAUAAUCAUUGUCACAGCGGUCCAGAUCAUCAGCUUCAAGGAGGUUAUUGCAAUCGCCAACGUGCCAUCGCGAGCUCGGUCUCUGCGCUUCACGAAAACGCUAAACUGGUAUUUUCUCGGAUCGACCAUGUACUUUCUGUACGGCGAGAGUGUGAUAUACUACUUCAAGCACAUUGUGCUGAUCGACCGUGUGCUGUUGCCUUUCGCGACGCACCACCGGUUCAUUAGCUUCAUGCUUUAUGUGAUGGGCUUCGUCUUCUUCGUCACCUCUCUCCAGAAAGGUCACUACCGCUUCCAGUUCACCCAGUUCGCAUGGACCCACAUGGCGCUGUACCUGAUUGUCGUGCAAGCGCACUUCAUCAUGAACAACAUCUUCGAAGGCAUGAUCUGGUUCUUUUUGCCAGUCAGUCUCGUCAUCACCAAUGACAUUUUUGCCUACGUUUGCGGAAUCACGUUCGGCAGAACGCAGCUUAUCAAGCUGAGUCCGAAGAAGACCGUCGAAGGUUUCGUGGGCGCAUGGAUCUGCACCAUCCUCAUCGGCGGCGGCAUCACCAACAUUCUGAUGCGCUACAAGUACUUCAUCUGUCCAGUGAACGAUCUUGGAGCCAACGUCUUCACCGGCUUGCAAUGCGAGCCGAACCCGGUCUUCAUCGCACACACCUACACGAUUCCGUUCAUCCCGCCGACUUACACGUUCCUCCCGACCACGAUCACCGUGUCUCCGAUGCAGUUCCACAUCCUCUUCAUGGCCACCUUCGCCUCGCUCAUCGCACCAUUCGGCGGCUUCUUCGCCUCUGGCCUCAAGCGCACUUUCAACAUCAAGGAUUUCGGUGACUCUAUCCCGGGACACGGCGGAAUGACCGAUCGUAUGGAUUGUCAAUUCAUUAUGGGCUUCUUCGCCUUCAUGUACUACCAGUCUUUCAUCGCGGUGUACAAGGCGUCGAUAGGCUCAGUCAUCGAGACGGCAAUCACUGGUCUUUCGGCCGAAGAGCAGAUGGAGGUGGUCAAGGGCCUGACGAAGCAUCUCUACAACCAAGGUGCUGUGGGAGCGAAAGUACCCGAGUUCUUGAACGACAACCUGGUCAAUCUUCUAGCGAGAAGAUGA